UUUCGUGCGUGCAUCAGUGUUGUGUGUACGUGGAACAGCCCUGAUGUUGAAUGCACGAGCCGCGGGGCCAACGACAGGCGUUGGCACGGACUGAUUUCGCCAUCAGACUGCCGCCAAGCGGGGAGGUCUGUCUCGCGUGUCAACACACAUCAAUGGUUCAGUUGGGAUGCCGACCAUGGAACCUCAGUCUGACCAGCGUGGUUGUUCUGGCGUUGUCGAACAUGCUGUUGACAUUCCUGUUGCUGCAGUCGGAGACCUGUAUCCCAGAGGAUGUGCCCAGGGACCUGGAGGUGAACCCGAUCACCGAGUGGAACCUGGGCACCUUUAUCAAAGAGCAGCAGCUGCAGCUGCAGUCGGAUUGCGCGACGCGGGAUUACCAUACGUUGCCAGUUGACGGGCAUAGAUUGAAGUUGAACAUAAAGCUGGGCAGGUGGGACGCCCGUAAAUUGUUCCGUACCUUCGACCACGUUUUGGUCGGGUCGAGCUUCGUCGAGCUGUCGCAGGCGUAUCGGGUCUGUCUGGCCAUGCAGAGCUCAGUGGAGAAGCUGCACUCGGUCGUGCAGGCUGCCCACCAUUGGACCGGAUCAAUCUCAGUGGCUCUGUACGCAGCUGGCGACGAAGAGUUCGAAGUUCUUCAAAAGUACCUGGUCUACCUUCGGAACUGUUACGAACCGAUUCGGGAGAGAGUUGCGUUCUCGCUGGCGGUGCCGAGGGUUAGGCCACCCAAGAAGCAACCGCGCGAUUACGGGCUACCUGACGCGGUGGAUUGUGCCAAACCGGAGGCGACGUUGAACGACCUAAUGAAUGGGAUCUCGAGCGAGCAGACGAACUGGCGGAUCAGGAAUGUUUAUCCCCAGAACCACAUGAGGAAUCUCGCAAGAAAGAAUUGUCAGUCGGACUAUGUGUUCCUGACGGACGUCGACAUCGUGCCGAGCUUCAAUCUGACCGGUGCUCUGGACGAUUUCCUCAAGACCGAUAGCUGUGAUAAGUGCGCCUACGUGAUACCGACGUACGAGCUGGAUUCGCGCGUCCGAUUCCCCCAGAACAAGACGGAAUUGAUCAGGCUGGCGAGGAAGGGCCUCGCCAGGCCGUUUCACCAGAAGGUCUUUAUACACAAUCAGUUCGCCACCAAUUUUACUAGGUGGAUUCUUGAUACUUCUCCGAAUCACAAGAAUUAUGGGAAUGUGAAGACUGGUAAGGUCUACAUUAGUCACGACGUGACGAACUUUGAGUUUCUAUAUGAGCCCUUUUACGUCGCGAAGGAUAUCGUGCCUCCUCACGAUGAGAGAUUCAUGGGCUACGGUUACACCAGAAAUACACAAGUGUACGAGAUGUUCGUAGCCGGUUACCAAUUCAAGGUGCUCUCGCCAGUGUUCACCGGACAUUGGGGCCUACAGACGAGGAAGACCAGGCCAGCAUGGCGCGAACGCCAGAACAGUGCCAACAGGAAGCAUUUCGAGACAUUCAAGAAGGAAGUGUUCGCCCGUUACAUGCGGGAUCCUCUAAAAAUGAUGAAGAACGUCAAGUGA